GGCGGCGGUCGGAGGCAGGACCUCAAGUCCGCACAGAUCCAGACGGUAGUCAUGUCCCGCUCCUUCCUGGUCCUCUUGGUCCUUGGCCUCGCCUCCUGCCAGCGACGGAAGCUCAACUACAGGGACUGUGGAAGCACCGCCAAGCUCCUGGCUGUCGAGAUCGAGCCCUGCGACUCAGACCCCUGCGUCUUCAAGAGGGGAACGGACACCAAGAUUUACUUUGAGAUGAUCUCCGAUCAGAACAGCGACACGGUCACCCUGGACGUCAGGGUGAAGAUGUUCGGUUUCGACAUGCCCGUCCCCGGCAUCGAGACGGACCUGUGCAACGGCGUCAUCAAGUGCCCCGUGGUCAAGGGGCAAACCUACAAGGGAACCAUCAUCUUUCCUGUGCGCGCAGCUUCGCCCCAGAUGAAGAGCGUCGUCACGCUCAAGGUUUUAGGGGAGCACGGAACCAGCGUCUGCACCAAGACCGACAUCCUCGUCCAAUGACCUCCCAACCCUGUCAAGAAGGGAUGGCCCCGCGGUGGCUAGUCCUUUCGCAGCGGCGCUCAUUUUCAAAAUCGUCCGAGUCCUCAGAGGCACUUUGAACGAAAGAAAAGGAAACGACUACUGAGAAGAGUGCGUCGGGAGAAACAUACUGCGCUGCUGGUUAAACCCCAAUACUCUUUGAUACUGCCAAUAAAGCUACGUAAAACCUGAAA